GGACAGUCCGGUCAGCACAAAUCAGAGAAUAACGAGAAGAUGAACUGAAGCCGCGCUUGGCGGAGAACAGCUUAUCUAGAACAGUGUCCGUCAGCGCCACAGACAGUACCAUGCUGAGUUUACUGCGCCCCCUGUUGGCCGUGUGGCUGUACCUGCUGAUCCCAGGCCAAGGGAGACACAGAUACAACAACGGCUUUCACUACCAGGACAUCACUAACGGCAACGGCAACGGCAACGGAGAGAUCUACUUCAAUGGGGUACGUCUCCACGUGGAGUCCCCGCAGCUUUCAGUGUCGGCCACCAGGGGGAGCACCGUCACCCUGCCCUGUCACUACCGCUAUGAACCUGAACUGAACACUACCCGCAGGACCCGCGUCAAAUGGUCCUGGUUGCCGGCUAACACCAUCAACGCACACGUCUCCUCUGCUGCCAAUGGCAGAGAAACCGAAGUGAUGGUUGCUAUGGGUAACCGUCAGCGUAGCUAUGGCAGUUUCCGGGGCCGUGUGCGCCUGCGACGCUCGGCACCAGGGGACAUGUCACUGGUGAUCAAUGAGCUGCACCUCAACGAUACGGGACGAUACCGCUGUGAGGUCAUCGAUGGUCUAGAGGAUGAGAGUGUGACAGUGGAGCUGGAACUGCGAGGAGUGGUGUUCCCUUACUUCUCUCAGAAAGGACGCUACCAUUUCAACUUCCUCGGGGCCCAGCAAGCAUGUGAGGAGCAGGAUGCCACUCUGGCCACAUUUGAGCAGCUCUUCACGGCUUGGGAGGAGGGUUUAGACUGGUGUAACGCCGGCUGGUUGGCAGAUGGGACAGUGCAGUAUCCAAUCGUUGUGCCACGUGAGGGCUGUGGGGGCGUAGAUUUAGCCCCUGGACUGCGCAGCUAUGGGCAACGGCAUCGCCUCUUCCACCGCUAUGAUGCCUUCUGCUUUUCCGCCGCAGUCAAGGGGACUGUGUACUUCUUAGAGCACCCAUCCAAGCUGAACUUCACUGAAGCAGUCCAGGCCUGUGCUGACAGUGGGGCCCAAAUUGCCAAAGUGGGACAGCUUUAUGCCGCCUGGAGGUUGAUGGGAUUGGACCGCUGUGAUGCAGGCUGGUUGGCUGACGGAAGUGUGCGUUACCCCAUUGCCAAGGCCCGGGCUAACUGCGGGCCGUCAGAACCAGGGGUGCGUAGUUUCGGGUUCCCCCCUCAGCACCAGAAAUUUAGUGUCUACUGCUAUCAGGCGACUUUGGUUUAACUCCUUGGAAACAACUAUUCUCACAGUGCACUGAUUUAGAGGACGACACAAGUGUUUUUACAUGUUUUAGCUUAUUUAUUACAUUGCACACGUCCUUUACGUUUCUGCUGUCAAUUUUCCAAAGCAUAUCUGAAGCAUAGUGACUUUGAAGAUGUUUGAACAUUCCAGCGGCAUGUGAAUGCGCCACCAGACAUAUAGAAUUUAUGUGGGCAUUAAACUUAGUUGUCACACAAUAUUGAAAUAACCUCAACAAAAAUAAAUCUGGGCAGGAUGUUCAUUGUGAUGGAUAUUUGAUCAAAAGCAAUUUUUAGGUCUCUUCAAGUUGAUUUUCGUACAAUCCUGAAAUAAAUCUAAGUGAAUGGCUACCUGGGAAGUAGAAAAUUACAUUCAAACACCCAGAGAGUGUGAUAAGCUUUGGAAAAUGGUCUGUAGAAAUUUUAAAUAUAUUUGAAUUGCAGUAAAUAGGCUAAAACACAUAAAACUCCAGUAUAGUCCUUGGAAGCUCUACUUGGGAGGCUAGAUUAGCUUUAGCCUGGAAGCAAGUUAGCAGUAGCUUUAGCCAGUUUGGUUUUCUCUGAGCCAACUAUUGUGAAGUCAGUUCAUCUGGAUGAAUCAUGUUCCACCUCUAUGAGACUGCAGUUUAUCUCUUUGUACUGAACCCAAUUACUGGUCAACAUGUUUUGAACUAUGCCUAUGUGUUACUUGGUGCCACUUACUGUACAUUUAUUAACUUUGCAAAGUUUGAUUUGUUCUUGACUUAACUCAAGUAGACAGAAAACUUUCCUUCCAGUUCUCUUCAAGCUUGAUGUGGCAGAGGCAGUUUCUGAACUGGUGACUAAUACAUUGACUACUCAUUGACCCACCAGCACUGAUGGACACACACUGUCUUUAGUAUCAUACCAUCGACUUUAAAUCAUUUCAUUUCAAACUCAGGGAAGGUGUUUUAGACACAGAAAAGUCUUAAUAUUCUGUUUAUUUCACCACUGAUCAACCAUCCACCAGUUCCUUACUAGAGAUAGCCUAUAUGGAGAUAUCUGAGGCCACCGCUGGGGGGCAGCGCAAAGUGGUAAUACUGGGCUAAACUGGGCUGGCCUAUAGGGAAAAAAAGAACUUUUUUUUUCCUCUGGAAAAAAGUUUGCAUAACCUCAAUGCUAGUGGAAAUCUGAAAUUUCAAUAAAUCUACAGCCAUGAAUUUCACAUCAGCUUAUACUUAUGUCUUUAUUAUAAAUAUUGGGCCAUCUAAAAAUGACAGUGAUAGUCUAGUUGUUGGUAAAUAUGGAAUCAAAUAUAGUUAUCAUUUUAUAGCAUUUAGUCUCAUGACCACCAGCAAGUGUUCAUCACUGCCCCCAACGGCCAAAAGACUAUACUGCACUCUUUUUUUUCUGUCUCACAGCAAUCUGUGCCUGUAGUUCAGUUUUCUCUCCCUAUAGACUUUGCCUUAACCUUCCCUAUAUUUGUUCAGGAAAGGUUUCCUGCAUGGUCCUUUUCAGCAGCACCCCACAAUGCCUCACAUUCAUACAGUUACAUGCUAUACGUUCACACCUGUGAGCUGCCCAGCACAACCUGGUCACUGGACUGCUCAGCUGGAGCUGCUGUGGGUUAAGUGCCUUGCUCAAGGGCACCAAGAUGGUAGUCGAUAAGAGAGGGGAGAGUGUUUCUCGUUUCCUUGCCAGAUUUUCCUUAAUGAUCCAGUAGUUCAACCUGGUCAUAAGCCCAUUUCUCUUAUCCUCACUCUACUACCACCACGGGUAUGUCUCACAAACAGGAGUGCCAUUGUUAAAUAUACUGGAUUCCUUGUUCACCUCCUCAUAUGUCUAUGUAUCCCACUGUAUAAAGUAUGAUGAGUAUCUCUUUUUGAUUUUUCCAAGGGAGAUUAAGAGCAUUGAUGAUGAUGGAGAAUGCAGAAGUUAUGAGUGAGUCCCUGUAAUGUGGUAUAUUGUCAUGAUGUCAAACUGCUUUUUGGAAGAAGAGACAGUGCUUGGUUAUAUACCCUUUUCUGUAUCAUUAUAUAU